AUGCAGAACCAAGGAUCUGGUCAAUUGCCUUCACAACCCACUCCAAAUCCUAAGGGAAAUGUGAGUGCAUUAACUCUUCAAAGUGGUAAAACAACUUCAGAUCCAAUUCUGAAUUCAUAUUCUGGUUCACAACAAUUCCAAAAUUUACCAGCACAGCAGAAUUCACCCAGAACAGCUUCAGAUUCAACUUCACAAAGGUUUCAGAAUUCUCCAGCAAAUUUAGAGCAAACAGAUGUAGCACAGAAUGGCAUUACUGAAGCUGAUCGGGUACAUUUUAAUCACCCUGCAGCUUCAGAACUUACACAAUCUGGUGGAGUAUAUUUCAACUUGGAAUUUAAUCCAACAGCAGCCAACAAUUCAGCUUCAAAUGCAGUACAGAAUCUGGACAGAAAUCUUAACCAACAAGGAGCUGAGCCCUCUAUUCCUCUACCAUUCCCUCGAAGAAGUAUACAACCAAGAAAAGAGAUGGAGGAAGAAAAGGCUAGAGAGUAUCAAGAUUUGGUGAAAUUAUUUAGCAAGGUUGAAGUGAAUAUGCCAUUGCUAACCAUGAUCAAACAGAUUCUGAAAUAUGCCAAGUUCCUCAAGGAUCUUUGUGUGCAUAAGAAGAAAUUGAAAGGAAAUGAAUUGAUUAGUAUGGGGAAAAAUGUCUCAGCAUUACUUCAGCCAAUUCCUCAGAAAUGUAAAGAUCCAGGAGUUUUCAUGGUUCCAUGUGUUAUUGCAGAUUGUGUGGUGAUUCAAUUAGCUAACAGAAGUCAAGCACACCCAGCUGGAGUGAUAGAAGAUGUAUUGGUAAAAGUGAGGGAGCUAAUUUUUCCUGCAGACUUUUACAUCUUAGAUAUGGAGGGUGAUGUGCUUGCAAACAGAUCUCCACUUAUUCUUGGACGUCCAUUCUUGAAAACAGCUAGAACCAAGAUUGAUGUACAUGCAGGAACUCUUUCCAUGGAAAUAGGAGACACAGUGGUUCGAUUCAGCAUUUUCGAGGCUAUGAAGCAUCCAAGAGAGGAUCAUUCUAUUCUUAGAUUGGAUAUUUCGGAGGAGCUGGAUGGCAUGGAUUUUUUGUCAGAAAUGGAUACAGAUUCGGAUACUACAGAUGUUGAUCAAGGAGAUGAAUUUGUUUCAUUGUUAGAGGAUAUCGUAGAUAUGGGAGCAGAUGUUAGUUCAGGUGUAUGCGUAGGGGAUUGCUUAGGAGAAGCAUUACCCCUAGAAUCGCUUAGAGAAGAAGAAUUAUGCGUAGGGGAUUGCUUAGGAAAAGCUCUACCCCUAGGAUUGCCUUCUGUUGACCAGACACAGGAUGAGUUGAAGUCAUUACCUCAACAUUUGAAGUAUACCUAUUUAGGAGAGAAUAAGCAGCUACCUGUCAUUAUAGCUCAGAAUUUGGAACCAGAUCAGGAGGAAAGAUUAUUAGAGAUUCUGAGACAACAUAGGAAAGCCAUUGGAUGGACUCUGGUAGAUAUUCCUGGGAUCAAUCCUUCUAUUUGCAUGCACAGGAUUUAUUUGGAGGAGGAUGUGAAGCCAGUGAGACAGCCAUAG